ACACAAGUCGGCAGGUAGGUACCAAAAACAAAAACCAAGUCGGCAGGAUAUGGAAAGAACUAAUUGAAUUAGAUAAAGAAAUAUUCAAAUUGGAAGGGAAGGUGGUCGACGACGAUUUAAUACGUACUAUUACCAAAUGGAUGGAGGCCACAGGCCACUCCUUGGCACUACAGCUUUGUUCUUGAUAAUGACAGCCAAUCCAAUGCUUAAUUCAACGCCAGCUUAAAGUCCUCAAUUAUUGACACUUUAAUCCUUGAGAGAAGCCGGAUGCUGUGGCUACAAGAAGAUCCCUGUCAGAGGUGUGCAUAGGCUCCCCGUUGUUGCUUGAUUUAAUCGCCGUGCGCCAUGGCCGGAGAUGAUGAAGACGAAGGCGAAAUGGCGGCGUUGCGGGAGGCUCUGCGGCAGCAGAGUCUUGCCGUCGAGAUGCUCAAGGCCGAGCUGGAGGAGGAGAGGCAGGCGGCGUCGUCGGGGGCCGACGAGGCGCUGGCCAUGAUCCUGCGGCUGCAGGGGGAGAAGGCGGCGGUGCGGAUGGAGGCCGACCAGUUCCGGCGGGUGGCGGAGGAGAGGAUCCUGCACGACGAGGACUCGCUGGCGUUCCUCAAGGCCGUCGUCUUCAGCCAGGAGAUGGACAUCACCUCCCUCAAGAACCGCCUGCUGGCCGUCUGCGGCAGCAAUGGUCCCUACGCGCCGGCCCCCGGCCGCGACGGCGUCGUCGACCUCCCCUGGCUAAGGAGGCUGGCCCAGAAAGACGUGUCGUCGGGGAGGAACGCCUCUGUCCCGGCGGCGCGGCUCGAGGAGCUAUGCUCGGAUCUCGAUGCCUCUGAGGACGUCGGCGACAGCAGGCCGGCGAGGACGGUGUCGGACAUCGGGGAGGUGAUCCGGAGGGAGAAGGAGUGGGUGCGGUCCAACGUGAGCCACCAGGCGUUGCCGCCGAGGCUGCACCGGUCGUCCUCCCAUCGUCUCCCGCGGGCGCCGAGCUACACAGCGCAAUGCGCCAUGCCCAGUGUCCACGACAAGUUUGAAGCGCCGGAGAGCGUCGCGUCCCAUGCCCCUCCGAGAUCCAGCAGGAGGUCAUCGCCGGAGAUAAUCUCCGAAGAAGACGACGUGAUCUCGUCGUCGACGCGGCGCGGUGACUGCAACGACCCCAAGCCAAGCGACGAGCGCACAGACGGCGCCAUUGCUGAUCUGGGAGCCGGCAUUGAUGAGAUCAAAUCCAGCGUGCAGACCCUCGCGACCGAGCUCGGCAGAAUGAGGGAAACCAGCAUGUCCAGAGGCGACGCGCAGAUGCAAGUGCUGGCCGAGAUCUGCGCAAAGCUCGACGCCAUGAGGCCCACGACCAUCAGCAAGCAACAGAAUGCUGUUCAUGGAGGCAAGAAAUUCUCCAGCAGAGAAGUAGGCAGUUCUUCCAAGGGGCCGGUGACCACUCUGCCACAGAGUGAGCUUCUGAUGAACCAGUUCAUUGAGGUAUGUGCCAUGAUCUCCUCUGCUCUCCUUGCUAGGCCCUUGGCCAAGGUUGCUACAUCCACGCCAUGGUUUAGGUGCAUCCUCAUUUUUGUCGUAGCAGUUUUUCCAUUCGUGCUGUAUAAGCAACACAAUCCGCUGUGGUAGACGUCAAAGCUUUUCCCUCCCAAUUUCCAUUCAUUCACUUUUUAGACAGUUAUUUUUGUAAUAAAAGACAUCCCUAUGAGACAAUGCUGAAACAAGAUCGGCUUUGUGUUA